AGCCACAGAGCUCAUGUUUUCCAUAUGCAAGCAUUAUCGGUUGGAUGGGUGCAAAGAGCGGAUUUUUGAAGUAUAGGGUUGUAGUGUAAAUAAGCAUUUUUUAUAAGGGGCAGAGUUGUAAACAAAUUUUCAGUGUUUUUUGCCCUUGCAAUUUUCACAGAAAGGCCUCCAAAACCCUCGUUGAAUUAGGGCCAAGGGGUUUGCACUUUGCAGGAUAUCAUUCGUAAAGGAGAAAUUUGAGCACAAUACUCCUCUCCAAGGUAUAAAUUUCUCUUCAAGGGAUAAACUUGCGGUCGAGAUGAUUGAGGUACUUUUUGAUGAUGCGAUCGUCUAGAUCCAGAUGGUAAAAAGUUUGACAAAGGGCAAGUCAAAAUCACUUGCUGACAAAUUCGAGUAUGUCAUUCAUGGAUUGUUGUACAAGAUGUCAGAGGAUGAUUCAUCUGGAACUGUGAAAGUGUAGUCAUCGUGCCAAAAGGCUUCUUCGCAGAUUAUAAUCUUAAUUUGAGAAAAGUAUGAGUCUUUGUUGGAGAUGGCCAAAAGAGCUUAUUCCAGAUUGCUACACAAACCAAAUUCCUGUACAGUCCCACAAGAAACAAGGCAUGCCCACUUAUGCUCAGAACUAUACUCAACUUCCGAGUACCACAUACAUACCCAUCUCCUCAACACGUGCAUCCACCAAUGCAAACAAAUUCAGUCCCGCCGGCUGUUCGACGAAAUGCCCGAAAGGCUUUCACUUGCUUCGAAAACAAGUAAAGUGGUCCAUUCACAGAGCUUGAAGCUUGGGAUUGGAUCACAAGGGAGGCUGGGUAAUGCCAUUGUGGAUUUGUACGCCAAAUGUGGCAAUAUUGAGUUUGCAGAAAAGGCAUUCCAUCGGCUAGAGAGUGUAGAUUUAUGUGCUUGGAACUCGAUUUUAUCGUUGUACUCGAGGCAGGGAUUGCUUGAUCAGGCUCUUUGGCAUUUUGGGUCGAUGAGGAAUUGCGGGGUGGGGCCGAACCAAUACACUUUUGCUGUUCUUUUAUCUGUUUGUGGUAGACUGAUGGAUGCAGAGUUUGGGAAACAAGUCCAUUGUAAUGUUAUCAAGACGGGGUUCGAGUUCAAUUCAUUUUGCGAAGGUUCUCUUAUUGACCUGUAUGCUAAACUCAAUUAUGUGAUCGAUGCUCGUAGGAUUUUUGAUGCUGCUGAGGAACCCGAUACAGUUUCUUGGACUGCAAUUAUUUUUGGGUAUGUUCAAGCUGGUUUGCCAGAGGAGGCAGUCAAAUUGUUUGAAGAUAUGCAGAAACUAAGCUGUUUCCCUGACCAGGUAGCAUUUGUGACUGUCAUUAGUGCCUUUUUGGAGCUAGGAAGGCUUGAUGAUGCUUGCCAAUUGUUUGCCCGGAUGCCUAACCCAAAUGCUGUGGCAUGGAAUGUGAUGAUUUCAGGGCAUGCCAAGAGAGGUUAUGAGUGGGAAGCUGUCAAAUUGUUCCAAAACAUGAGGAUUGCUUGUGUUAGAUCCACAAGAUCCACAUUGGGUAGUGUUUUGAGUGCCAUUGCAGGAAUGGUGAAUCUUGAGUAUGGAUUGCAGGUUCAUGCACAGGCUACGAAACAAGGGUUUGAUUCUAAUGUUUAUGUGGGAAGUUCUCUAAUUAAUAUGUAUGCUAAGUGUCAGAAAAUGGAGGACGCCAAGAGAGUUUUUGGUCCUUUUGAUGAGAAGAAUGUUGUGUUGUGGAAUGCAAUGCUUGGAGGUUAUUUGCAGAAUGGGUAUGCCGGUGAAGUCAUGGAGUUAUUCUUUAGUAUGAGGGUUUCGGGUUUCCAUCCUGAUGAAUUUACCUAUACUAGCAUUCUGAGUGCAUGUGGUUGCUUGGAAAACUUGGGAAUGGGUCAGCAACUCCAUUCGUAUAUAAUCAAGAAUAAACUUGAAGAUAACUUAUUUGUUGGAAAUGCAUUAGUAGAUAUGUAUGCUAAAUCUGGUGCUCUAGAUUAUGCAAGACGAAAAUUCGAGCUACUGAAGAACCGCGAUAAUGUUUCUUGGAAUGCAAUUAUAGUAGGCUACGUGCAGGACGAAAAAGAGGACGAGGCUUUCAAACUGUUUGAGAGAAUGACAUCGGAUGGUAUCACACCCGACGAAGUGUCCUUGGCCAGUAUACUAAGUGCUUGUGCAAAUCUCCGAGCGCUUGAUCGAGGAAAGCAAGUACAUUGUUUAUCAGUCAGAUAUGGUUUAGAAACUAGCCUUUACGCUGGAAGCUCCCUUAUUGACAUGUAUGCUAAGUGUGGGGCUAUUGCCACUGCAUAUGAAGUUUUCAUUUCCAUGCCGGAGAGGAGUGUGAUCUCCGCUAAUGCUCUGAUUGCUGGAUAUGCUCAACACAAUUUAGAGAAAGCUGUAUACCUGCUACAUGAUAUGCUGGCUGAAGGUUUGAAGCCGUCUGAAAUAACCUUUGCCUACCUUCUAGAUGCAUGCACUGGGCCUUCUACACUAAAUCUUGGAAGGCUAAUCCAUUGCUUUAUACUGAAAGCAGGGCUUGCAUACGAGGAUGAUUUCUUGAGUAUUUCCCUUUUGGGCAUGUACAUGUGUUCCCAAGGCAAAAUAGAUGCAAAUAUUCUUUUUUCAGAGCUCCCAAAUCCAAAGAGUGCAGUGUUAUGGACGGCUAUCAUUUCAGGACAUGCUCAAAAUGAUUGCAGUGAGGAGGCUUUACAGUUUUACCUAGAAAUGCGAAGGCAGAAUGCCAUGCCAGACCAAGCAACAUUUGCCAGUGUCUUGAGAGCAUGUUCGCUCUUAGCUUCUUUGAGAGAUGGUAGAGAGGUUCAUUCUCUCAUUUUCCAUACUGGUUUUGACUUGGAUGAGUUAACGAGUAGUGCAUUGAUAGACAUGUAUGCAAAAUGUGGGGAUGUGCAAAGUUCAAUUCAAAUUUUUACAGAAAUGGAUACUAAAAAUGAUGUUAUUUCUUGGAAUUCGAUGAUAGUUGCAUUCGGGAAAAAUGGAUAUGCAGAAGAUGCACUACGAACAUUUGACAAAAUGAAAGAGGCCCAUGUGAAGCCCGAUGAUGUGACUUUCCUUGGUGUUCUCACUGCGUGUAGCCAUGCAGGAAGGGUAUUUGAAGGCCGCCAAGUCUAUGAUAUCAUGAUCAAUCACUAUCAUAUUGAGCCAAGACCUGAGCAUUGUGCCUGCAUGAUUGAUCUUCUCGGCAGAUGGGGCUUCAUUGAUGAAGCACAGGAGUUCAUCCACGAACUUGAAUUUGAACCCGAUGCUAUGAUGUGGGCCACAUUCCUUGCCGCUUGCAGACUACAUGGGGAUGACAUAAGAGGGCAGCAUGCAGCUGAGAAACUAAUAGAGUUAGAACCCGAAAAAUCUUCUCCCUACGUGCUGCUUUCUCACAUACAUGCUGCAUUAGGGAACUGGGAUGGGGUUAACUCUGUGAGGAGGAGGAUGAAAGAAAAAGGUGUGAGGAAGUUCCCAGGGUGUAGCUGGAUAGUAGUGGGAGAGAAGACAAAUUUAUUUAUCGCAGGGGAUAAGUCUCAUCCCAGUGUUGAUGAAAUACAUAAAGUUUUGAAGGACUUGACAGAACUAAUGAAAGAUGAGGAUUACUUUACUAAAAUUGAAUGUUUUGUUUGCAACAUCGAAGACUAAGAUCAUGCCUCUUCUCCUGUCAAGUUAUUUAAGGAGAUACCAAAUCCUCUAACAACUGUAGUGGAUCAAACUAUAGACUAACAUAAAUCUGAAGGAAAGCUUCUACAUGGAGUCCGGAGUGUGGUUGCGAAAGUAAGCGACAACAUCAUGCGAGCAAGACCAUUUUUUGUAAACCAAAGUUCCUGAUUUUUAUGAAUGGGUUUUUCACUAUCUUUUGGUGCUUUAAAAGUUCUUAUCAAUAUAAAAGGGGUUGAGGUUUAAUUUAUGAGAAGGUAGAUACAACCAUAUCACGUAAAUGACUUGUUUUCCAACCCAUAUCUCAUGAAGUACGAAAUAUUCUGGAACGAAGCCAAAUGGGAUUGAAAGUAGACUAAGUUAGCUUCCCUACGUUUCAAACCACGAGAAAAUCCUAGCUUUGGAGUGACUUUGGGAAUUGGGAAAGUUAGCAUAAUAAUGCAGAAUUUGUCCUAAGAGACACUAAAAGAGAGAGCAUUAAUGUUGAAGACAAGGAGUUACUAAAAACGGGAGUUUGAAGUUUGAACAAUAUCCUCACACACUAGAGAAGGUGGAAUUUGGGGAGAGAAAAAAGAGAGCAAUAAAUGUUUAAGAAAAGGAGAGAGUGAGUUAACAGAUGCACAUAGGAAUACACACACUUUCAUCAAUUGACUGGCUUGAAGAUAAACUUCCAAAGGCAUUACCGAUGUAUUGUUUUGAUAUUCGGGAGGCUGAGGUGGAGUUUCUUAAAUAACACCUAUUUUAUGGGUCAUUUGAAAGCAUACUGCUUGGCCUUGAAAUUCAUGGCAUAACUUGCCCUUGAAAUCCAUGGACUGAUUUGUCAUCCAAACAGGCCUAAUAGAUUUACAGACCAGAUUUCACAUCUACUUAUCGAAACGGACUCUUGUUCUUGGUCCAAUAAAUUUGGUGUAGGUUUUUUUUGCAGUUUACUGAUAUAGAAACAAUACUCGUCUCUGCAUAGAGAAUUUUGACUGAACUGAUAUUUGUGUGACUCCCUGCAAUGUUUAAUUCAAGUAGCACGGUUAUUCAUGUUGUUUAGAUAGUCACAUACUACAAGCAUAAGGUUCCGUUAAAUUCAGAAUAUCACUUCUAAUUCUAAAUGACGUUCUUAUGGAAGAUUGGUGGAGGAUAAUAAGUUUUGCUAGGGUAUUCAGCCUAAGAUGCAGAACUCUAUGAAAGUGUUGUCCAUUAUCUGUUGAUUUUACUAGUGAAGUUGACAUUGUGCUAAGUGUGAAUAUUUACGUCCUUUAUUUCUUUUGAAGGCUGUGGAAUCCAAGUUGCUGGGUUACCAUGGGGUAAGAUGAAACAUUGGCAAUACCAAAAGAGGUUGCCUAAUCGCUUGCUUAUGAAUUUAAAACAAAUGCCUUUAAGACAUCACCAAAUUCCACCAUUCGAGUAUGCAUGGAGAGGCUCUCAAACAAGUAAGCAUCUAGGCACUUUCAAGACUGAUUGGAGAAUGCACUACCUGCAACCAGCAAAUGGCACUUUCUCCCAAAGGUUGUCAGGAAAAAUGUUGUAUAAAAACUUUUUAUUUCAAUUAAUGGAUGGCGCUCUCCUUUUGCUUGCAAGAACACCAAACUUAGAUAUUGGCUGUUGAUAAAAUGGAUGUUGAGUACAUCCAUUUUUGCUUAAACAAAUGAUGUUUUCUCUCCCUUGGAUCUCUGUGGACAGCUUUUUCCCUUCCCUGACAUGGUUGGGUUCCGCAAGUAUGUCUGGUAUUGAAGGUUUUUCGUUCGCAUAUAGAGAACGGUUGGAUGAUGCUCAACUUAUGGAACUAUCCAUGUAUCUAUUGAGAAUCUAUGCUCCACAUGCAGCCUAGGACAUUGUAUGCGUCUCUUAAUCCAAUAGGACAUCCUUCCACUUGACAAGGUAUUGCCCAGGAGUUGAUUGUUGGAUUUAACCUCUUCUGCAUGCAAGUAAUUUCUAUGAUCCAUCACUUCUGUAGUCUUACUUGAAUUAAACGGUUUGGUAUGUGCUAAAGAACACACAUUCUGCACAAAGAGAUCGAGAUUUUUGUUCUGUUUGUUCAUCCGUUACUGUUUAUUACGUAUUAUUAUUACUGCCAUUCCCUAAAAAAGAAAGAAACAAUUAAUUCUAGAAUACAAAAUGCUACGUCUGUUAUCUUUUAGUACCAUUGUGGGCAAGGGAAAUUAGGAUUCCAAAAGCUAAAGACCAGAACUAGGGAAGCUAAAUUCCGAAAAACUAAGGGGUUCAUAACCAGGGCACAACUGUCCAUAUGCUGACCAUACACACUGCCUAGACGUGUCCGUUUACAGAUAGCUGUGUGUUUGAUUGCUUCUCUUCAUCAGGCCGGGCUGCAGGCUGUUGCUGGGCAUCUGGUUUGGCAAGGCCCAUCUCCAGCGAUUCAUCGGGACCAAGUUUCUUGGCUUCAACCUUGUUGUCGCGGUAAAUGGCAUAUAAGAUCAGCUGAAUUGCUCCUAACCCGCUACCAAAACCAUUAGGCAC